AUGCCGAGGCUGAACUGGCUCUUUCCCUAUCUGGUGGCAAUACCGACAGGUGGGCUUGUUCUACAGCUCCGUCAUGGCUUGGGAUGCAAGCAGGAGCCUUUGAAGGAAGCGAUGAUGGAGAGAGGACCGGAAUAUGCUGAUUCCACUCGCGAGGUAGGGAAGGUGGGAGAGCCGACAAUUAUAGAGAGACCAGCCCAUAUUAAGUCCAAGGAGGAAAAUUCUGGGAGUAUUGAGGCCAUAGAGCCGAAAGCGAACAACGGAAGCAUGGUCCCCCGAAAGGAGAAAUUGUGUACUGAGACGUGGGAUGAAAGUGCACCUGCGAAGGCUGGAUUAAUUUUCAAUAUGUGCGUGCACACUGUUUCCACUCUCAAGGAACGUAUUGCUGCGCUGCAAGCCAACAGUGGACUUACGCCUCCUGGGAACGGAUCGUCACGAUUUUCGACUCCAUCUCCAGGCCCGCAGCGCUCGCCGUCGGAAAAGGUGCCUACGAAUCGCUUGAGCGACAAAAUAGCGCGUUUCGACAAACUUGGCAGGGCACCUGUGCCGAGAAGUGGCUUUGGAUUAGGAUCUCCGCCUCCUCCCGUGCCAAUUCCGUGA